AUGGAGUCUCCGCCUCGCGCACGCACUAACGACGACGAUGCCACACCCACGGACUGCCUGGCCGAGCUGCCGCCGGAGCUGCACCUCCGCAUCCUCGAGGGCGUCGACGACUUCUCCGACUGCGCCGCCUUCAGCCUCGCGUCGCCGCGCCUCGGCCUCCUCGCCCUGCGCAGCGGCCUGGCGCGCUUCAAGGACCCUCUCUUCGCCGUGGCGAUGCGGCUGCUGCUCAUCGAGCGCUUGAUUGCCGGCUCGUUCGUCGGGUCGCCCAUCAUACGGCCGACGCUCUGCGAGGCCACCCUUCGCGCCUACGCCGCCGACCGCCGCGCCACCGCCGACCACUUCCCGUGGCUUGCGAGGGUGAGCCCGGCGCUCUGCCUCUCGGCAACGGUAGAAGGCGCUGACGAGCAACGCGCCGAGACGUGGGCGCUGCGACGCGGCGAAGAGCGGGGCGCUGAUCUGCGAUUUUUGAAGAGCGGCCUGGUGCGGCACUUCGAGGGCGAGCGAGGCGCAGAGCGGAUGGUGCGCAUGGAGUUUGCCAGCGGUGAGGUGGCCUUCUACGAGGGUGAGCGAGGCGCGGAGCGGAUUGUGCGCGGGGAGAUGCCCGACGGCAACGUGCAGUACUACGAGGGCGAGCAAGGUGCGGAGCGGCUGGUGCGCAUGGAGUCUGCCAACGGCAACGUUCUGUACUACGAGGGCGAGGGAGGCGCGGAGCGGAUGGUGCGCGUUGAGUUUGCCAACGGCAGCAUGCAGUACUACGAGGGCGAGCGAGGUGCGGAGCGGGUCGCGCGGACGGAGUUGCCCGACGGCACCAUGGAGCACUACGAGGGCGAGCGAGACGCGGAGCGGUCGGUGCGCGCGGAGUUGCCCGACGGCAACGUGCAGUACUUCGAGGGAGACAAACGUGCGGAGCGGCUGGUGCGCAUGGAGUUUGCCAACGGCAAUGUGCAGCACUACGAGGGCGAGCGAGGUGCGGCGCGGAUGGUGCGGACGGAGUUGCCCGACGGCAACGUGCAGCACUACGAGGGCGAGAAAGGUGCGGAGCGGAAGGUGCGCGUGGUGCUUGCCGACGGCAGCAUGCAGUACUACGAGGGCGAGCGAGGAGCGGAGCGGAAGGUGCGCGCGGUGAGUGCCGACGGCGACGUGGAGCACUUCGAGGGCGAGCGAGGCGCGGAGCGGGUGGUGCGCAUGGAUUCUGGAUUUUUUUUAAGAAAUGAGGAGUUUUGGGGGGCUAGCGGAUAG